AUGUGUAGUUCUAAUGCGGGCACCUUGCUUCCUUACGGAUUGAAAAUACCAACACCAUCGCCGUAUUUCCCGUUCGCCCCUGGGGUAGGAAAUCUACCUUUGGAUGUUCAACGGUCGCAGUUGUGUGACUAUGCGGCCAGAUUACAGUAUGGAUUAAGAGGGUAUCCAGGACUUGGAAUUUCACCGUAUCACGCCCAUCUACCUGAUCCCUACACACAGGCAUACUUGUAUAAACACGAUCUACGGGCCAGGUAUAUUCAAGAAGAACCCAAACCUAGUCAGAGUUAUAUAGGACUAAUUUCAAUGGCUAUUCUCGGGGCCAAGGAUAAGAAAUUAAUUUUAAGUGACAUUUAUCAAUGGAUCUUGGACAAUUACGCUUAUUUUAGAACGCGUGGACCAGGUUGGAGAAACAGUAUUCGGCACAAUUUAUCACUUAACGACUGUUUUAUCAAGUCUGGAAGAAGUGCUAACGGGAAGGGACAUUACUGGGCUAUUCAUCCGGCUAAUAUCGACGACUUUGCUCGGGGUGAUUUCCGGAGACGACGUGCUCAGAGAAAGGUGAGGAAACAUAUGGGUUUAGCUGUUCCCGAUGAUGAGGAUAGUCCAAGCCCUUCCCCAUCAACGACACCUAUUAAUUGGCAAGGCUCCUACACAGACGAGAGACCAGACGGUCCGAAAAUUAGCCAGGUAGUGGAGCACACUACGUCAAAAAGUGAAACGGAGUGUUCAUCGGCAACAGGUACGGCCAGUGGACCGCCUGUUAAGAAAAGACUUUUUGAUAUGGAGAGUAUAUUAGCUCCCGACCAUCACAGGCCGUCUCAAAUAUCAAAUAAUCACAUAGAAGAAGUGGAAACUGAAAUAGAGAUAGAUACAGACCGGGAAACGGUAGAUGUAUGUGAAAUAGACAGUCAACAUUCAGGUGACGAACAGCUGUCACCUAGUUCUCCCCCGUCAUCUCCUCAUAGUGACGGUAAAUUAUCACCUCCAGUCAAUCUACAACACGAUACCGAACCAGGAGAAAUCAAGCCCGAAGUCAACAACACAUUUUCAACUUCUAAGUCAGAAAUUUGGAGUUUGGGGAAUGUCAUCCCGAACAGGCCCGGAGCUUCGCAUAUGUCCGGACAAGCUCCUUGGGAUGCUUAUGCUACAUACAUCUACCCGAUGCUGUCUACAUCCUAUUCGGUUGUUUUACCAGGUACGUCACCUAUUUCUGCCGAGGCUGCUUCAAGGUGGCGGGAAGCGAUGUAUGCAUCGGCACCAGAAGCAAAAUCAUCCCUGUCGGAGAUAAAACCAGAAUGAUAUCAACAACAGUGCAAGAACAAAAUAGACACAAAUUGAUGUUAAAUUUAAUAUUUAGGACAACCUAGUGAAUGAUGAAUGACGCUACGUUUAACUUAUACCAAAACUGUGAUAGAAUGACAAUGUGCGUAUUUAUAAACUAUGAAAAAAAAUAUAACUGUCUCAUACUGAUGAGUCGCUGUUGUAAUUAUUAGAGAUAUCCAUAUUGUGUGAAAAAUAUUCU